GAGUUCGACCGUGAUGGGACUUGUUGGAGAAUCUGCCCUACUGCCCUGUAACGUCGACGUUGCUUCGUGUGGCGAAGUGUAUUUCAUCACGUGGACCAAAAACACCUCCACUGAAUGGAAAAGGCUAUACCUGUACAGCGAUGACGUAGAAAAGCCGCUUCAGGAAUUAGCCAAUCCGGACAGAGCUGAUUUUAUGGUUGAAGAGUCUACUGCCUAUCUAAGAAUCUCUCCCUUAGAAAUGGACGACGAAGGAAGCUACAAGUGUGACGUCACUUAUGUACAGGGAAAGUGCCCGUCACUUUCUUACGCUCAUCUGAUCAUAAUGCUGAAACCAAGCCCUCCAAUAAUAAGUAAGGAUGGAGAAAUACUGAAACAUGCUUCAACGAUUGGUCCUUUCCUCGAAGGAACAACUUUGUCACUUGAGUGUAAGACAACUGGAGGAAAACCUUCACCGGAAGUCACGUGGUCGAAUGGAAGCGAAAGUCUGCUGUCCAGGGGAAGCAUCGCGGACGACGAACUGGGGACCAGUAAUGUGACGUCUUCUAUUCGAUUCGUUCUUUCCAGGAGCGACCUGGGUGCCAGACUUGGGUGUCACGUAAAACACGACACAGUUGAAGAAGAAAUGGUGAAAUGGGUUGAAGUUGACGUGCACGGUAAGACUAACUUUGGAAAUUAAGAGA